AUGGAGUAUGCCCUCAACAUCUGUGAGGCUGAAUCCCAGCUGUGCACCAAACUCACCAGCUAUGCACCCUGGUAUAGACCUGCUGCACCACUAGCCCUCAGCCCCCAGCCCUCAGUCCUCAGCCCCAGCCCUCUGCCCCCAGCUCACAGCCCUCAGCCUCUGCCCUCAGUCCUCAGGCCCCCAGCCUCUUGCCCCCAGCUCACAGGCCCUCAGCCCCUCUGCCCUCAGCCCUCAGCCCCACAGCCCUGCCCCCAGCUCACAGCCCUCUGCCCUCAGCCCCAGCCCUCUGCCCCCAGCUCACAGCCCUCUGCCCUCAGACCCAGCCCUCUGCCCCAGCUCACAGCCCUCUGCCCUCAGACCCCACCCUCAGCCCUCAGCCCAGCCCUCUGCCCUCAGACCCCAGCCCUCAGCCCUCAGCCCUCAGACCCAAGCCCUCAGCCCCAGCCUCACCCCAGCCCUCAGCCCCCAGCCCUCAAGCCCCCAGCCCUCUGCCCCAGCUCCCAGUCACCAGCCCUCAGCCCCGAGCCCUCAGCCACCAUCCACCGGGCGCCCAGCCACCAUCCAAAAGCCCCCAGCCCUCAGCCCCCAGCCCUUCAGCCCCCAACCCUCAGCCCCCAACCCUCAGCCCCCAGCCCUCAGCCCCCAACCCUCAGCCCCAACCCGUCACAGUAG